UUGAAUUGGACGAGUUUCCUGAAAUGCAAACUACGCCAUAAUGUGUGUGGAUAAACAUUUGUUCUUUAUUCUUAUUUGAAGUCUUUGCCCCCUUGCCCUGCCCGGGGCAUUUGGUUUGAGGAAUGUUGCUGCUACUCGGUGCCUUGUGUCUAUGCCUUCCCUGGGUCGGUUCGGAGACACACUCACUGCAAUAUUACUACACCUCGAUGAUCGGGAGUGUGGACCUUCCUGAGUUUGUGCACAUCGGAGUGUUGGAUGGCGUUCAGAUAACCUACUUUGACAACAAUACCGAGAAGGACAUUGCACGCCAGCCAUGGAUGGAGAGAGCCCUGGGAAGUGACUACUGGGACAAGGAGACCCAGAGAUUGAUCAAUCGACACAAGUUGUACAUGGCCAAUGUCCAGAUUGUAAUGCAACGAUCUAACCACAAGAUGGAGGUGAACUACCUGCAGUACACGUCGGGCUGCAGCAUCACGGACAACGGGAUAGUGAGCGGGGUGCGCCAGUACGCCUUCAACGGCAAGGACCUGAUCAGCUUUGACUUCGAGCAAUCCAUCUGGGUGACCGCCUCGCCCUUGGCCUUGAGCACGCGGGACAAGUGGAACAGCGACACAGCCAACAACAUCUACAAGAAGCAUUACACCGAUACGAUCUGCGUGGAAUGGUUGAAGAAAUACCUCAAGUAUGGAGAAUCCAUGUUAUCCCGCAAAGCUGUUCCAGAUGUGUGGGUCUACUCCAGGAGGUCUCCCGAUGGUCAGAAACUGGCUCUCCAUUGCCUGGCCACUGGCUUUUUCCCGCAGAACAUCAACAUGAGUUGGUUCAGGGAUGGGCAGCCUGUCCCCGCCAACCAAAACUCUGGCGUUCUACCCAACCACGACGGCACCUAUCAGAUGAGGGUAACUCUGCUGAUGGAGCCUGCAGAGAGACGGGAGCACGUCUGCCGCGUGUGGCACAGCAGCAGGACCAAAGGAAUGGACGUUGUCUGGGAACAAGGUGGCCGUGUUCCCAAAUGGCUAGUGAUCCCGGCUAUCCUGCUGCUUCUGUGCACACUGGGGGCUGUUUUCUACUUGUGGAAGAAUGGUUCGGGAAUGGUGAAAGGCUGCUGCGGUUUUGGCAAGGGAACCAGUGAGACUAACUCUUCCACAUCAGGUUCCAUCAGCGGUCAGUCUUUGCAGAAGGAUAUAACAACAGGAGGAGUUGACAGGAACGAGAAAGAGAAAAUGCUUCCCAAGUCAGACUCCCCAAUCAUGGUCUGACUGCCCAGUCUGAAGAAGGCUCUCGACCCCGAAACGUCACCCAUUCCUUCUCUCCAGAGAUGCUGCCUGUCCCGCUGAGUUACUCCAGCAUUUUGUGUCUAUCCCCAAUCAUGGCUCCUGCUCGAGUGGACUGGUGCCCUCUUAUUGGAAUGGAUGUUUCUUUAGACUCUAGAGAUACAGUGUGGAAACAGACCCCUCAGCCCACUGAGUCCAUGCCAACCAGCGAUCACCCUGUACACUAGCACUAUCCUAAGUAAGUAAGUUUAUUGACCA